UUCAGCCUCGCAGCAAACCACAUGGUGAUGGGUUUCUGCUAAUCCAAGCUGAAGACGAGACGCGUUUUUGGCUUGCUUUUGGCCUUGCCUGUAGCAGGUGUGACCAUGAGGACACAGGAUAGUGGCCCCUCAUUUGCUGGACUCCCUGAGCCAAAGAAACGACCUUGAUCACAACCCUAAUGUUAACUGCGGUCUACAAAUUCAUAGCAGCUCCUUCCUGAAAGAGCGUAUUAUUCCAGAGAGUGCUUGUGCACAAAGAGGACAGAGAUAGACAAGCAGGGCUGGAGACAUCUGCAUAAAAAGAUCAUCUGCAUAAAAAGAUCAGAAAGGAAGCAAAAACAUGAUGGAAAAGAGCCAUAGGGGCAAAGUGUUAGCAGUAUAUUUUAGGAGAACAGCUAAGCCUCCUGGGGGGCUGUAGCUGUGGGUCCUGUUUGCUCAUCUACCCUCCACCCAUCCUGAGGCCCUUGCUCAACUUCAUUAAUAAAGUUUGGACAACUGAACAUUGGUCCCGUUAUCCAAGACCCCAUACUUAACUGAGACAACAUUUAUCUUUUUUGUGGGCCUGUAUAUUCUUCUCUUUGAGUCCUUUCUCUGCUUGCUGUGCUUCCUCUCCAAGGGGCCCUGUGAAAAGCACAGAUGCUCCUGCCAGGCCAGCUGACAUCUGUGCAGGAAGGAUGCACGUGCAGAAGAUGGAGGGCUCAGAGAGCUCCCAUAUGGAAAGUAAAUCUGGGCUCACUGAAGCCAGAAGAGUAGUUAUUUUCCCCUCUCCAGUUUUAGCCUGGUGAAGCUAAGCACAGUAUGUAUUCCUUCAGGCACUGAAAGAAAAAAACCCAUGAAAAUGUGUCAAAGAAAAGGAAGAGAAGCAAAGAGAAGAGGUUUAGUCCCAUGAGGAAGGCGUGUAUAUCUGAGGCUUGAAUCUGGCACUUCUACACAGGAACGACAAAAAGCUCCUAAUGAGUAUAGGCUCCUCACUCUCCACCAUGCCAGCUACUGGGUCACAGAGACCUACACAAGGUUGAGCUUUUCUCCUUUCAGGGGAAAUGACAUUUUCAAUCAGCCACCUCUCGCCUAGGAAACAUCAGGAGCUCAGGAGAAGCUUGAAGAACAAGGACAACACCAGCAGUUGUUACAGGGUGACCUUUAAGUACGAUGGCUCCACAAUCGUCCCCGGAGACCAAGGCGUAGACUACGAAACCUUUACGAGGAAGUGCACAGAUGAUGUUCGAUUGUUUGGUUUUGUCCGAUUUACCACCGGCGAUGCCAUGAGCAAGCGAGUCAAGUUUGCCCUCAUCACUUGGAUUGGAGAGAGUGUCAGUGGCCUGCAGAGAGCCAAAACUGGGACUGACAAGACGCUGGUCAAAGAAGUAGUACAGAACUUUGCCAAAGAAUUUGUGAUCAGUGACCACAAAGAGCUGGAUGAGGAUUACAUCAAGAACGAGCUGAAGAAAGCAGGGGGGGCUAACUAUGACGCACAGACUGAGUAAACGCACUAACCUCCUGGCACCACCACCUGGAUCUCAAAGGGAGGGGAAAGGCACAACAAACUAACACAACUGAGAGAUGAGGCAACUGCAAGGCACCCACCUUUGCGUGCGUGCACCCAAGAGCUCCCUUUCUUUGCAUACGGCAGACUUUUAUUUUCCGUUCCAUCUAACGAAACCUCCCUCUCUGGGGUUCUGUUUCUUCCCCCCCAUUUUUUACUCAUAACUCUGUCCACGCUCUCGCAUCUGUGGAAUUUAGGUUCGGCUCUGCUUUGGUCUGUAUUCAGCAUUGUGUUUGUAGAGGCUUGCCACUGUGUCCUUCUUCGUAUGUGUGUAUGUUUUAGUUGGGCUCAACCUGGCCUUUGAGGGGAUGAAGAUUCUGGGAGAGUUGUGUAUCAUCUGGAGUAUUUUUAAUGUUUUUAAUUUGUUCUCAUUGAUAUUCUCGGGAAUAAUACUUUUGAUCUUCUGGGCUCAGAUCAACAUGAGUUGACUUCACCGAAACUUUGAUUAAAUUGCCUAAGCUUAAUGUCCAGCUGAGAUAAUGUUACUUAACAGCUUCAAAACAAAGCAAACAAAAAACUCUGAAUAAAUGGGAAUAAAUUUGCCUUAAAAAUUG